AUGUACCAGUGUGCUUCCCAGAUGUAUGGAACUCAAUGGGAAUCCCAUAUGGGGUUUAGCAACCUAGCCAAGGUUGUUGGAUCAGAACAAUCACCCUGUAACAUUGUGACCACUCCUUUUCAAACAACGCAAGGUUUCUGUGCAAAUGCAGCCAAAAGCCUUGUGAGCUUUCAAACUCAAGAACAUGAUCAGCAUCAGAUUGAAGUUCCUGCUUGGUGCUUUGAGUUUCCAAAUACAACAGACUCCCCCAUGUUGAUUUGCCAAGCCUCUGGGAAUAACUUCGCCAAUACCACCAAACAAGAUCGAUUCACCUCUCAAUUCACAAGCUCAUUGUACUCGAAUGCUGACUCUUUCUUGGCUAGCUGUGCAGAUAGCCUUUCUUCUUCUGAAAAAUAUAGUAAUUUUCAGCCUGACAAUAUGCCAUUUUAUGAAAACUUUCCACAAGAACGUGAUAAUGAUGCUGCCACAGAUGAGAGGCCCCAUGAAAUUUCCUUCCAGAGAAAUCAGUUGGCCUCAUGUGCAAAGCCAGAAAAAGAUACUCCUCGAAUUUGUGGGGUUGCCGGUGCCAAUUCUAGCAACUCUGCUUCUAAGAGAGCUCUAACACGUAAAAGAAGAAUAAGAUGGACCAAAGAUUUGCAUGAGCCAUUUAUGAUGAUUGUUAAUAGCCUUGGAGGUCCAGAAAAGGCAAAGCCUAAGGCUAUACUAGAUAUGAUGAAAUCGGAUUUACUGUCCAUUUCUCACGUUAAAAGUCAUUUGCAGGUAAAACUAUUUCCAGUGAACAAGUGCUAUGUCAAAUGUAGGUCUACAAAUACAAUACAGAUGCACAAAGCUUUGCAGGAAGGACCCGAGGAAGGACAUAGAACAGAUGGGGUCACUGAACUUCAAGUAAAAAUCCAUAUGCAAAUUGAGGAAUCACAGAAACUGCAACUAGAGGUCCAGAGGAGCAUUGACCAACAAUUAGAGAUGCAACGAGAUUUGCAAAUGCUAAUUGAACAGCAGAACAAGCUGCUCAAAAGUAAUCUAAGAUCACCAAAAAAUGAAAGAACCAAAAGGUAGAAAAUCCUUGGCACAGAUAUGGAAGUGACUGUCCCAG